UGGCUAAGAAUCUAGCUAUCAUCAAGGCAAGUCUCUCCAGAUCGAGAGUGGUGCGGGCGAGUUUUCAAUGGCCGGAGUUAGGUUAUCGCUUCUCAAGUCACUUCAAAGAUCAAUAAACUCGUCUUCUAAACCUCAUUCCGCUGCUAAAUCGUUAUCUGGUUUGCAGAAGAAAGAGCCUUACGCUUCUUUCAAUCUCCUAAACUCUCAUGCCAGGUCCUUUACUUGCGGAAGAAACUCUCUUGAUGGACCAAAAGCUUCUACUUCCAUGGUCUCUUUUUCAUCGAAUUUACGCCUGCAUAAUGCUAAGCCUUUCAAUUACUCGAUCCCUUUCUUAGGCCAUCCCUCUUGCGCACGAGCUUUCAGCUCCAAAUCUGAUGGUAUUGUAGCCCCUGGUGGUGAUGGGAAUGGGAAUGACAUUGAUUGGGUUGAGAAAGCCAAAGAUGUGUUGCAGACUAGUGUCGAUGCGGUUUCUGAGACUGCAAGGAAGACUAAAGAAGCCUCUGAUGAGAUGAUCCCUCAUGUUCAGCAAUUCCUAGACUCCAACCCUUAUCUUAAAGAAGUCAUAGUUCCUGUUAGUCUCACCAUGACUGGUACUUUAUUUGCUUGGGUUGUGAUGCCUAGGAUUCUCAGGAGGUUUCACACUUAUGCUAUGCAAAGUUCCGCUAAGCUGCUUCCCGUUGGCUUCUCUAACGAAGAUGUUCCAUAUGAGAAAAGCUUUUGGGGAGCUUUAGAGGAUCCUGCUCGUUACUUAGUGACAUUCAUAGCUUUUGCACAAAUUGCCGCAAUGGUGGCGCCAACAACUAUAGCAGCUCAAUACUUUUCCCCGACAGUGAAGGGAGCGGUUAUUCUCUCACUUGUGUGGUUCCUUUAUCGGUGGAAGACCAAUGUGAUUACCCGAAUGUUGUCUGCUAAGAGUUUUGGUGGGCUAGAUAGGGAGAAGAUAUUGACUUUAGACAAAGUAUCAUCAGUUGGUCUUUUCGCAAUUGGUUUGAUGGCUUCAGCUGAAGCAUGUGGUGUAGCUGUUCAAUCUAUUUUGACAGUUGGUGGAGUUGGAGGGGUAGCCACCGCAUUUGCUGCCAGAGAUAUCCUUGGUAAUGUGCUGAGUGGUCUGUCAAUGCAAUUCUUGCGGCCGUUCUCUAUGGGUGAUACUAUCAAAGCUGGAUCCGUAGAAGGUCAAGUUGUUGAAAUUGGACUUACGACAACAUCUUUGCUGAAUGCAGAAAAAUUUCCGGUUUUGGUACCCAAUUCACUGUUUUCGAGUCAGGUGAUUGUGAAUAAGUCACGCGCUCAGUGGCGAGCUAUAGCAUCCAAGAUCCCACUGCAGAUCGAUGACUUGGAUAAGAUUCCUCAAAUAUCAAAUGAAAUCAAGGAAAUGUUGAGGUCAAACACAAAAGUUUUCUUAGGCAAAGAAGCUCCACACUGUUACUUAUCGCGAGUGGAAAAAUCUUUCGCUGAACUUACCAUUGGGUGCAAUCUGAAACACAUGGGAAAAGAGGAGCUAUACAAUACACAACAAGAGGUCCUUCUUGAGGUGGUUAAGAUCAUAAAGAAGCACGGUGUGUCGCUGGGUACCACCUGGGACAAUUCUACAUUGUGAGUGAUCAUUUGGUAGAGACAAGGAAUACUGAUCCGGAAGCUAAUUAGCAAGCUGGAUCCAGAAAUCUGUGUUUUUGGGAAAUUACAGAAAAUCGUGAUGACUUCUCAGAUUUCAAG